AUGUGGGCUGGACAUGACUGGAGGAAAGAGGGCUCUUUCAUUAAGGCGGUUAUUAAAGAAAAUCUAACUGGGAAAAUACCGUUAGGAAGACCGCGCUUAGGAUGGGAGGAUCGUAUCAAAAAGGAUGUUAAAGCAGUAGAACCAAAUACACAGUGGAGAGAAGCUGCAGAGGAUAGGGAAAGAUGGCGACAAAUUUGUUUGCAGGGAUGGUCUUGGAGACCGUAACCCACAAGAAGAAGAAGAAGAAGAAGAAGAAGAAGAUUAUUAA